UCGCUGCACUUAUCGCUGUCCUGGUCAAAAUUUAUGCUCCGAGCCGGCUACUCUUGACGGUUGGCGUGAGGCUUGCGAGUGAACAGGGUGCUGCGGGCCCACCCCCGUCUGCAUCCUUUCCUCUUCCCGGGCGCCCGUUGUUUUAAGGCGUCAGAGCGCCUCCACUUCAACGUCGCCAUUGCUGAAUCCAAGCAUCCGACCGUCGAUCUGGCUGCUGGCGAUCCAGAUACGUACAGGGUCGCCUACAAGGGACAUUAAACUAUAAACUACCAACGCCGCCACACUCGAGGCAGUGCCCCCAUUCCUGACGUCUUGUCCAACACUGCACCACUCCCUGCUGCUCCCAAUUUGAAAAGAGCCUCCGAACUGAACACAAACAUCAUCCCAAUGCGGCUUCGUGCAUCGUGUCCUGGCCCGGCCAAAUAAUAAUACACGCAUGUCCCAACCACCUCCACCUCCUCCGCCGCCGUCGCUCCCUCUGACAACAACUUCUCAUCCUGCUCCAGAUAUGACUGAGACCCAGAAACUUCCCAUCUUCUCGCCCCCUGGCUUCCUCGACUAUUCUCACCGCCGACUUCCCCCGCUAGAGAUCCCACCAGACGCUGUACCACCCCGGUCCGAUCACCAGUUCCGCUCACCCAUCAACCAACUGCCCUCGAUUCAUGCUGGAUUGCCUCCGCGACAAGACUACCCCCAGCCGCCCUCCGUACAUAGAUCAGCAGCUCCUGUUGAGAAACUACUACAACAUUCAAAUCCCUACACCCCACCCAGAUCAGACCCUCCAUAUUCGCCUCAGCAAUAUGGCCCUUCCAUCUCACCACGUUCCGAGUUUGACAGCAGAGGACCGCGGAGAUUGACAGAACACCGCUAUCCUUACGAGGAACCCCGGCACUACCAUCAUAGUCAACACCACGAGCAGCCAUACUCAUCUCUCACAUCCCCAGUAGAGGCCUCGCAGCAAAGGUCAUAUCCUCCACUGCCGUCACCUGGGUAUACACCGAGCUAUGCAUCGAGUAGUACUCCAUUCCGCGGAUCCGUAGGUUCCCGCCAGCAUUCACAAUCACAUCGAGGCUCCAUAGCAGCCCCACUCGGUGCCAUUGCGUAUUCGGAGCCGCCUGCAACGGCUCCUCCACCUCAAAAACAGCAUCGAGCAAUUCCAUUACCAGGUUCGAUACCACAGCCGGUAUACAACGAGCAGCUAAACUUGAACUACGAACUUCGUGUGCGGCAACAACCCAUCGCCGCGCGAGCAUGUGGGUUCGGAGAACGUGACCGAAGGGUAAUUGACCCACCGCCAAUCAUCCAGCUCCUUGUAACAGAUCCGAAAACCGGUGCCGCAGAGCAAGAAGAACUACGUUACUCGCUCAACGUGGUUCAUUGCACACUCUGGAAUGCCGAGGGGACGAACGAAGAGACAGCGCUCAUACAGCCCGACAGGCGAACGACGCGGCGAUUAAUGGGUCAGCUCGUGGCAUCGCCAUCAGUAGCAAAGGAUGAGCAUGAUGCCGAAGGUUGCUUCUUCUGCUUUCCAGACCUUUCGUGUCGUACACAUGGCAAAUACCGACUUCGAUUCGUCCUAAUGCGUAUCGAUCCGAUGAACCUCCACGUGGGAGGCUUUUCGCCAAUACUUACCGAAGUCUUGAGCGACGUCUUCACCGUCUAUACGGCCAAGGACUUUCCUGGCAUGAGACCAAGCAGUGCUCUUACCCGAGCAUUGAAGUUACAAGGAUGCAACAUCCAAGUAAAGAAAGGCAAUGAGAAAGCACUGGCGCGCAAACGACUUACCGCAAGUCAAGAGCACGAUAAUAAAGAGGAGGAUGAGUUGAAGCGGAGGCGCAGGGAAUAACUAUCUGAACAUAACCUCUACGGCAUUUACUUUUCUCACAAGCAUCAACUACAGCGGACGGCGUGGGCUGCUACCUGGGUUAUCUGGAGCAUUUUUCGCAGAUACCGACUUGCAUCUUGACGACAUGAUGAACCAACAACAUUCCCUCGGACGAUCUACAUCUUAAUUUUCUAGCUGGUGGCGACGAGGCUGUUUGCAUGGCGUUCGCGCAAUACAAGAGGGGUCGGACGACUCGGUGCGGCGGCUAUAUUGUAAUGCAUUUGAUAUUCGAUGGAAAGGAG